AUGAUGAACUGCACUCCAAAAAUCGAGCUAGUUCCCAAACUUUCCCCGCCAUCAUCUACUACACAAAAUAAUUCUCAGACUUUGGAGAGUGUCCAAUUAAGGGCAGCGUAUAGUCACGUUAGAGUCGGAACUUACAGUGCUGAACCUCCUCAAAUGUGCAAGAACCGUCCACCGAUUAUUGAUACAUCACAGAAGUGUAAAAAAAACACUGGUCCAAUUUUGCGCCUAUUGAAACGGCGUCAAACUUCUACCUACUUCUCAACGAAGUCUUGUGAUAAUAUUUAUGCUGUGAAUAAAAGUUCUAAUUCUCUGGAUUGGCAUCUUGGAAAAUCUGUUAAUCACCAAGGGUUCAGAGCUUCUCAAAGUAACAGCUUAGACUGGAGAAUCGGAAGAACUGUUACUUCAUGUUCGAAUCAACUGGAAUCUCAAGGCGCGACUCGUAGUGCUGAGCAACUGUCAGGAAGUAUUCCUUCAACACCUGGAAAUUUGCAAGCAACUUCAAGUGCUAAAUCAAAGCUCGUUUCUUUAUUGAGACGUCUUUCACCUCGCCUCUCAAGACCCAGUAAAAAUUCAAUACAAUCAUCCCCCAUUAUCUGCCCAUGGGUUCAAGUUGAGUACUCUACAAAAUCAGCCGAUGAUGAUAUAAGAGAUGACUCGCAAGAAAGCGAUGCAAGCUUUCAGCAGGAAUUAGAAAUGAACGAGCUUAGAAAGAAAAUUGCUGAACACUGUGUACAGAUUUGUAUCUCACCGACAUCUGGGGCAAGUGCUGCUUGUGCCGAAGCUCAACCGGCGUCUUAUCCUAGCAUUCGUAUUGAAGGACCAGAAAACCAAUGUACGUCUCAUAACUCAGGAGUUGUUGACAACGCUCGUGGAAACCAUCGUAACACAGUGGUUCACAGUGAAGUGGCAGGUCUGGAAAGUGAAACAUCGAGGGAAGACUGUGCCGGUGAAGUGGUGCCAGGCGGAGGAAACACCAGGACCACCCUUCGCCUUAGGCCACUGUCCCUCGCAGUUCAGCCCUUGCAUUAUCAUCAACUCAGCUCUGAGGUCACCACCAAUCAACAUCUCAAUAUGACCAGUCAAGAGAGUAUUGGCAGUUGUAGUCUCGACGUGGAUACUUCUGCAUCUGACCGAUCAGAUACUGCAGUAGGUUCUAUCUCUGAUAAAACCUUACACAGUCUGAGCUUCUCUUGUAACGGUGAACUCACUCCGUCUCCUGACAUCUUACCAAACGGUAAAGAGGAAUCAAUACAGCAAAUAAAUUUUGACGCAAACAAAGAAAACAUAAGUAAUAUUCACCAUGACAGCUCAGAACCAGAACAGCUGACAGCCAAAAAACCAUCUUACUUGGGUCUUGCCUGUAGCAUAAGUGGUUAUUCUGGUAUCACAAGAUACGAUAGCAAAUUACGAGAAGGAUUCAGAUCUCGAGAUACGAGUCCUGGCAGCAGACUCAUAACACGGGAUACAAGUCCUGCAGGCUUCAGAUCCAGUGAAAACCUGAGCUUACCAAGUCAUCCGCCGUCGAAAAGUUUGUCAAUUUCUCCACUCGCAAUGGAGCGUCAAAAUGGUUUCUCCAAUGGUGUCAGGGAAGAAUAUAAGAUCCAUACGUUCGUUGAGUCUAGAAAUACUGUAAGCACCUGUGAAAGCUUUAGUGAAGUUGACAAAGGCGUACCUUUGCACACAACAUUCGCUGAUAUAAGCCCAGUACACGGUAAUCUGGACAUAUCACCCAUAAAAAAAAGCCCAGGAAUGGUCAGAGUCGUCGCAUUUAGUCAACAAAAUAAAAGUUUCAUGUCAAAUGUUAACGAUUCUUCACCAAAGUCCACGAGUUUCAAUGUUACAAAUACUUCAAUGACAGAGAUAAGCAUGACUAAUGGUUCAUCUGUGGAAACAGAAAAUCAUACAUUCAAUUCAUCAUUUAGUAGUGAAAAGUCUUUCAUCCAACAAAGAGUGGAACGAUUAUAUGGACCUGGUGCGCUGGCGCAAGGAUUUUUCUUCAAACGAAGUCCCAGUAAAUUGAAUACCAGUGAUUGCUUCUUAAAUAAGUCGUUGAAUAAUAACAACGAUGUUUCAACCGAUGACAUCAAGGAGGAAGAAUCAUUGAAAUCUCUUCCAGUUUUAAGACAUCUUAGACCAGAAUUCCGGGCGCAAUUACCAGUUGUUAGCCCUAGGAAGCCGACUGAUGGUAGUGAACAAGUAAUCAAAUCGUUACAAAGAGUAACUUCGUCCGUUCAAAGAAAUGAGCAGAAAAGUAAAGCUGUCUCAAGUACGAUAGAUCUGAAUAAAUGUACAGCCAGAAAUGAAUCUAUUGCCACCACGAAGCCAAGUAUGAUCAGCGUAACAAAUAUCCCUGACCAUCAGCCAGCUGCGUUGGAAGUAGUCCUACCUGUUUUGGAGCCGAGCGCAAGUUCACAUAAUAUAGCAAAGCAUAUUCAAGAGACGGAAAAGGCAGCUGAAGAGAAAGAUGGUCAUUAUUUUAUAGCGAUAUUAAAAGCAGAAACAGAAAGGUUAUUGUCUUUAGCAGCAUCUGCAGAAGCUGAACUGGCAGGUGGUGAUCCAAGUGUACUUCCUGAGGAGGCAGCUGGAAAGUUGAGAUCAGCUGCCGGCAAAGCUAGACUAUUAGCGACUCAAAAGAUGCAACAAUUUGAGGGACUCUGCCAAAAGAAUAUUAACCAAAUACCUGGGGAAGAAUUCCCAACCACCAACGAAGACUUAGCAGGCUUCUGGGAUAUGGUGAUGCUACAAGUUAUUCAAGUCAAUGAACUUUUCGAUCAAAUUCGAAGACUGAAAGAUUCGCAGUGGAAAGAAGUUAUUCCAGAUUCUAAGGCUAUUACAUCCUUACCUCAAAAUGGGAACACCACGAAACGUCGUGUCAAUGUCAUGAAACAAGCAAAAUCAACUGUAAAUAGUGAAGCGAAUCGCAAAGCUCGGGAAGCUCGCGAACAAGCCAGACGGCAAAUGAUAGAAGAAAGAAGACGAGCAAUGCGUUCGCAGGCCCAGAAUAAGGAUCAUAGUGAUGCGGAUUCUGUCAAAAUUUUCGUUCCUGAAACGUAACGGUGAAUUGGCGUGAGAAUGAAACGCAAAUGAAAAAAAAACAACGGCACUUUUUACACUGUUUUAGAUUAAAUGUAUUCAAACGAUUACUUACACAGCUUGCUAAUGCUACGACGAACAUUACAAUUCUAGUAUGAACUGCAUUCGCAUCUAAAACUGUAACAUUUUAUAACAGUAUUAAAUUUCAUUAAAUGUUGAAGAUUCGAAAUGAUUUAAAGUUUUACGAUCAGAGAGGAUUUACUGACAAGAAGCGUAUUUUAAUAUUUUUAUUGGUUCCAAACGAGGACGUAUUUUUAGAAUAUUUGUUAUUAUAUUAUGGGUUUAAAAAAAGAUCGAAUAUACUCGAACAGCCGUUAUAGUAAAUGCAUAGUUUUAGAUCAGGUUGUGUCUGUUUAGUCAAUCUUUUCGUGCUGCUUGUGUCGCGUCUUUUUCCAGAUGGAUGAGUGAGAAUGAAACAAUAUGUGACUGCAAGCCGAGGUCGAAUGAAAGAAUGCUUCCUUAAUGCGAGUUUUCUUUCGCGAUUGAAAUAAAUUUACUAUCAAAACAUGAAGUAACUUUCGGAUGUACAGUUCUCAGAUGUGAUAAUUUGUUGCGAUUAAAAAAAUCUAACGUGAAUCAAUUUGUGACACCAGUGUUAUAACAUAUUUUUUAUUAUCAUCAUUAGCAGAAUGGUAAGUUCCAUUUUUUCGCGUAAGCAGACUUUUUGUAAGAAAACUUAAAUUAAUUAUUGAUAUUAAGUACUCUAGCUAUUUAAAUUUUUUCUAUUGCGAGCCUAAUGAUUACUUAGUAACUUAUAAAUAGUAAAUUGUAAAAACGAAAACACGACAAAAAAACACUAGGAAUAAAACUUAAUUGAUUUUGUGUAACUUGUAUAAUAUUCCUGUAAUUAAAUCAUACUUUGGUGCAAAGUUACAUGUUAUGUAUAUACUUAUGUUAUAAAUAAUUUAAAUACACAUGGCUUUGCUUGUAAAUGGUAAAUUUAAAAAUCGUUUUGGUGUCGAAAGCGGCAGAUUCCAAUUGUUAUAUUUAAUAAUUCUGUCGGCUCUUCGCGUUAAUGUGGAAUAUUUGCAAUAUUUCAUAUUUAUCGUGGUUAUUAUGUGCUAAACUUCUUGAAGCAGAGUACUUUCUUAUAUUCUUAUUUUAUACACUUUUAUCUUCAUAUUAAGUAAGAAAUCCGUCGGUUUAAUAUGUAUUCUAACAAAUUAAAAAAAAACUGACCUCUAAUAGUUAAGGAUUGAAUUCAUGGGGAACCGAAUAAUUACAUUAGCACAUCCCUUAGUGCAGACAUACAUCUACCUAUGAUAAAUGUUCGUUUCGAUUGGGAUUUCGAGGUGUCAAAGUUUCUCUUACAAUUAAUGUAAAUCUUUGCGAACGGCGCGUAGUAAAACUUCAGACAUCGGUGAUUCAGUGAGUUCAUGGCUCAGAUUUUUUUCCUUUCAACGGAGCGA